AUGGGUCGGCGAACCACAUCCUCUCACAUUCCCCAUAAGGGACAGGAGUUCUCCGUCGAUGACGCGGAGGACGAGAUCGAGCCCGUCCCUGUCCCCUCACAGCAGCAGCCACUGCGACACGCUCCUGCCCAUACGUUGCGCAGGAAACCUUCGACACUACGACGCCGCACCGUAGCGCAAGCUCCAGCCCUCCCAACCGUCGACUCCCAGGAGGACGAUGCAGCCGAGCAAGAGGGCGCGGGCGCGCCUCCAGAUGUGGACGGACAACCAAGCUCGUCUGGGGAGGAGGGCACCUUGCGAGCAGACGAAGACGGCAAUGGAACACCCGUCGAUGAUGAGGGAGAUCUCAGUGAUGCCGAGAGCUUCACUCUAAAGGAUCGCCAGGAGGCCAUCAACGUCACCCAUCCGUUCGGUAUAAGGAUAUGGAAGCCCGCAUUGUACAAGAAAGACAGAUCCGUGCAGCGCAAUGCGGAAGGAGACAUACACUCAACCCCUGGUCUUUUUGUCAACAAUUGGAUCAAGCUCUUCAACCUAGCCUGGACACUGGUCUUCGGAUGGUGGCUGGCUCUCAUUGCGGCUGCCGGAGGUCUCAUUUGCGCCCUUCUCGGAUUUACUGACAGCUGUAUGGACUACUCGGUCCUCUUGUUCCACCUCGCCGGCUAUCUAUUCUACCCUUUCGGCAAAUAUGUGAAGCUGAUGCAAGACGAAGCAUAUGCAGACGAGGACGAGGGCGAGGGCCGGAGCAUCAGCGAAUACGAGCAGUGGCAGAGCGGGGACAUUGAGGAAGGGAGGCUCUUUUUCGGCCCCGCCACCACCGCCGGUUCUCUAGUUGGACGGCGCAGGAAUAGCACUGACUCUGCCAAUGAGACAACAAGCCUACUCGGGAGGGAAGGACGUGGGAGUCAGUCCCACCCAGACACCUCCAGAACCAAGAGGAGGUUGUUUGGCCGAGGGAAAUGGAACAUUGGGAGAGUGGUCUUUUACCUCUUCUUCUACGGAAUUUUCACGCCAGCCUUGUUCUUAGUCUCAUUGCUCUGCUGGUUUUUCGUCUUCACUAUCCCCAUGGGCAAGGUCACUCUGCUCCUCUUCGAUCAUCUCCGGAGGCAUCCCUUGGCCCUGUCAUUCCACUCCGACAGCGGUACUGUUCGAAGACCUGGCGAAUCCUCCUCAAUCUUGCUCUGCACGUACCGUGCGGUGGGGGGCAAGUACUGGAAGUACACAAUUGACGGCACAAACAUAUUUCUCAUUAAUCUCCUGGUUCUCGUCGCAUUCGUCAUUCUGGACUACUGGGUUCUGGAUGUUGCGUUCGGCCUAGAAAUCUGGUUGACGGAUCAAUUCUUUUUGUUCAUCCUCGCACUAUUUUCAAUCAUUCCCCUUGCGUACUUUAUCGGACAAGCCGUUGCUUCCAUUUCCGCCCAAUCAUCUAUGGGCGUCGGUGCCACUAUCAACGCGUUCUUCUCUACUGUAGUUGAGGUUUUCCUGUACUGUGUAGCAUUGAACGAAGGUAAAGCACAGCUCGUGGAGGGCAGCAUUAUCGGAAGUAUUUUUGCCGGUAUUCUCUUUCUCCCCGGCCUCUCAAUGUGCUUUGGAGCCCUCAAGAGGAAGACCCAGCGCUUCAAUGUCAAGUCAGCUGGCGUCACAUCAACCAUGCUACUAUUCGCUGUUAUUGGCGCGUUUGGGCCAACCUUGUUCUAUCAAAUUUAUGGAAGGCACGAGUUGACUUGCCACCAAUGCAUUUCCCAUCAUGCCCUCCCCGAGGAACGGGACUGCAGACGGUGCUACUACUCUCAGACCCCAACAAUCACCGAUCCUUUCUACAUCAAAGCCGUUCGGCCAUACAUCUGGUUUGCAGCUGUCCUUCUCUUCUUGUCCUACGUCAUCGGAUUGCUGUUUACACUAAGAACGCAUGCUGCAGUGAUUUGGAGCAGUGAGAUUGACGAAAAGAAGCAAAACGAUAUGGGAGCUAGUUAUCUCAGCAAUAGUGGGCAUCUCGACUUCCCCAAUACGCUCACAAGGCAGGCAACUACCCAGUCCGUCACUCGAGCAGAUAUAAGGGAUAGUCAACUAUAUAAACGGAUUGUAGGCCAGACUUACAAGCAAGUUGGGCUCGGGCCAAACGGAGAAACUCUUGAUCAUAGACCACCACCAAGUGGGAAGGCGGGUGGACAGAGCCCUCAUCAUGUCGUACCACCGAAGGACCCCGAUGACGUACACACAUCCUCGGGCUUCCACCUCGAAGGCUUAUCUGACGAAGCAAAUGAGUCUCUGGUUCGACAGAUUACCGAGAUAGCAGCUACAACGACCGCCAUAGCCACCCGUGAUGCAACAAAGGCGCCGCGUAAGGCCGCCCAGCUAGCACAUAUCCCAGCGAAAGGGCAUUCCGAGCGACCGACUGCGAAUAAGAACGCGGCUUACCCUGAAGAGCCGGAAGAGCCGAUGCCAGGCCAUACCGCAGGCGGACACGACGCACCCAAUUGGAGCCGGACCAAGAGUGCUGUUAUUCUUCUUACCGCGACUGUUGCCUAUGCCAUCAUCGCAGAAAUAUUGGUCAACACUGUAGAUGGUGUCCUAAAAGGCUCGGAUAUUGACGAGAAAUUUUUGGGAAUCACUUUGUUUGCCCUCGUUCCGAACACCACUGAGUUCCUCAAUGCUAUUUCUUUUGCGAUGAAUGGAAACAUUGCUCUCUCUAUGGAGAUUGGUUCAGCAUACGCUUUGCAGGUUUGUCUCCUUCAGAUUCCGGCGCUAGUGUUUUAUAGCGCUAUCCAUGGUCGCUACAUCGACCCGGCUAAGGUGAUCGAUCACACUUUCACUCUGAUCUUCCCCCAAUGGGACAUGAUCACUGUGAUCCUCUGCGUCUUCCUCCUUUCAUACAUGUACGGCGAAGGAAAGAGCAACUACUUUAAAGGAUCUAUCCUCAUCCUCUCGUACUUGGUCGUCAUUGUCGGAUUCUACCUCUCUAGCUUCAACGACUUCGAAAGGGUGGGCGCGAACCCGUUUGAUACAUUGGUCAUUGGGGGUCUAGUCGAGCAACAAUUCGAAUCCAUGUCCUUUAAAACGAUAGGGCGCAGCAAAAAUGGCCAAGCCUAUUAA